AUGGCCCCUGGUGACAAUAUCAUUGAGCACCUGCUAAAGCUUGAUAACAUUUGCAUGCGUCUUGCUGAUUUCGAUGACGGGGCACAGGAUGACGGGCCCUUGGUCAUUUUCUUGGCAUUCUAUCGGCUGGAAGUUUCGGUGACGCGUGUCAAAUUACGCGACCACUGUGGUGGUUUUGCGGGUCAUCGUAGCAAUAAUAGAAGAGAUGACCAUCGAGGCUGUCGUCGAGGUGGUAACUCACUCUGUGGUUUUACAGGACGUAGUUUAAAUGCAGCUACACUGGUUAAGAGCGUGACCAGUGCCCAAGGAAGUAGAAAAUGA